UCGCGUUGCUCGGCGGAGCUGCUGCGGGCGCUCGCCGUCUCUGCGCGGGCUUGGAAUAUGGUUGGGGAAAUGGAAACCAAGGAGAAGCCGAAGCCGAGCCCCGAUUACCUGAUGCAGCUGAUGAACGACAAGAAGCUGAUGAGCAGCCUCCCCAACUUCUGCGGGAUCUUCAACCACCUCGAGAGGCUGCUGGACGAAGAAAUUAGCAGAGUACGGAAAGACAUGUAUAACGACACAUUAAAUGGUAGUACGGAGAAGAGAAGUGCAGAAUUACCAGAUGCUGUGGGACCUAUUGUACAGUUACAAGAGAAACUAUAUGUGCCUGUAAAAGAAUAUCCAGAUUUUAACUUUGUUGGAAGAAUCCUUGGGCCCAGAGGACUAACAGCUAAACAGCUUGAAGCAGAAACAGGAUGCAAGAUAAUGGUCCGAGGGAAGGGCUCAAUGAGGGACAAAAAGAAGGAAGAACAGAACCGAGGCAAGCCCAACUGGGAACACCUGAAUGAAGAUUUACAUGUACUUAUCACUGUGGAGGAUGCUCAGAACAGAGCAGAAAUAAAACUGAAGAGGGCUGUUGAAGAAGUAAAAAAGUUACUGAUUCCUGCAGCAGAAGGAGAAGACAGCCUUAAAAAGAUGCAGCUGAUGGAGCUUGCAAUUCUGAAUGGCACCUACAGAGAUGCCAACAUCAAAUCACCAGCCCUUGCCUUUUCUCUUGCAGCAACAGCCCAGGCUCCAAGGAUUAUUACUGGGCCUGCGCCUGUUCUCCCACCAGCUGCCCUGCGUACUCCUACGCCAGCUGGCCCUACCAUAAUGCCUUUGAUCAGACAAAUACAAACCGCUGUCAUGCCAAACGGAACUCCUCAUCCCACCGCUGCAAUAGUUCCACCUGGACCCGAAGCUGGUUUAAUUUACACACCAUAUGAAUACCCCUACACGCUGGCACCAGCUACAUCAAUCCUUGAGUAUCCUAUUGAACCUAGUGGUGUAUUAGGUGCGGUGGCUACUAAAGUUCGAAGGCACGAUAUGCGUGUCCAUCCUUACCAAAGGAUUGUGACCGCAGACCGAGCCGCCACCGGCAACUAACCUAUGACCUUCUGACCUCUGAACUCUUCACCCAAUGAUGACCUGACCAUGCCUGCCUGCUGAUCAGUUAACUGGUAAACGCCUUUGCUUGCCUGUCUUCAGUGCAGCGAGCUGGGGCACUUGUCCGUUCGUCUUACCAUCUAACAAAACAGACAAAGAAAUUGUUGUCCUCCAACUCCGCUUUUUGUUGUUCUCCUGUUUGGGUGAAAGUGGUUCUAGAACCUGCACUGAAUAGUAGUAAAGCAAUAAGGUCCAACUCAUCCCUCCGCACUGAUCAUCCUCUAGUGUCCCGCCCCAAGCGAACGGUAAGGAGGCCUCGCACGAGAUGGAGACAGAUGUCCCUUAACUACCCGAUGACAGAGGCAGUUACUGUGAGAGACUUCUAGGAAUAUUUUUCUUCUCAAAUUAAAAAAAAAAAAAAAAAGUCAAAGCUCUCUCUGAAUGUACUGUGUGAUGAUGCAUCAUGCAUGAACCUUUGGUCAGGGAUGUCAUUGGGGAAGGGAUUCCAAAAAGUAUUCAAAAUUUGAUAUGCUGUUUAGUCACUACCAGUGCCCUCAAAGGGCAGACGUUGCAGCCUUUUUUCUAUUGCCUGCCAAAUUGGACGUUUUAAAGGAAAGUGUGCCAUGAAAUGCAGAUUACGUUGACUUUUCAGAACUACGUUAAUGCAGAGAAAAAACAGCAACACUAUUAAAGCAAAAUCUGAGUUUAAAUUAUUUUAACCAUAAUUUAAUCUCCUCGGAAGAUUACAUGAGAACAAGGUACAUGCAUUAUGUGUCACAUUACUGGGCAAACUGUUCAAAUAUUUUUUUUAAACCUCCCUGUAUAGAAAAAAAAAUUCAUUAAGGAUGUAAAAGCCAUGCUUGCCUAUUUGCUGUAUACAUGUAAUGAAAUUGUAGAUAAAGUGUAGUGCAUUGAAACAAAAUGAACAAAAAAGUAGAUACUUUUACUAUACAAGGGUGCUGGUGCAGAAAAAAAAAUAUAUUUUUGGAAAUGUAGCAUUUUAUACUUUCAAGUGUUAUAAAAAAAGAAAAAAAGAACAAAGAAACCCUUUAUUUCAUUAAAUGAUUUUUUCUGGUGGUUGUCAAGAAACAAAAGACCAAAAGAGCCUUUUAGUCUUUCUUUUUUAUUUUUUAAGUAUUGGAAUAAGUCUAAAGAAAAGGAAGUGCCUUAUUUUCUUCAUGGUCAUUUAGUCAAAUGUCUUGUAUAAUCAGCUUCUCCCUCAGACAAGUUACUGCAUGCCACUCAGUCGCCCAGUAUGUGAAAGAAGCUGUGAGGAAAGACAAAUGAUGAGUUGACCAUAUUAAUUACCUGAUUUUUGCCAUACUAGUGUGAUGUGACUUUGCCAAAAUCUCUUUACAUAAAAUAUUUGCUAAGUUUUUGUCAAACCAGCCCAUCAUUAUUUCAACCACUCUACUUUUUAAAUCAUAGUAAAUGCCGUACUUGUGCAAUGUAAACCAAAGGGUUCUGUGAUACAGACUGUCUCAUGCUAAAUGAGACUAUUAGCUGACAAAUGUUUGUAGAGCUGGAAGUAUGUCAUUUUUGUUCAGGGAUGGAGAGGAGUUUUCUUGAUUUUGGUUGGAAUAAAUAUACAUCAAAUAUAGUAGGCUUCGGCAUCACCCAGAAAACUAAUGUUCUGUGGAUAAUGAAAUUGAAAGUGCUUCGCUAGUUCUCAGUUACAGUCUGAGCAUGUCCCCAGUUUCACAAGCAGCUCCUGCAGUGGCAAACAGCAUGCAAGUUAUUUAUUUUUCAGCUCUUCUUUGACUACUGUUAGAUCUGUCCGCUGGCUUUUCUCCAUAAGAUAAGCAGGAGAGGGACAUCAGCUAAUUGUUUCAAGUCCAGCUAUAGUUCAUUUUUAACCUUUAUUUCCACAUGAGAUUCAUAUAGCUGGGUAAUUGCAAGAGCUGAAGCUGUUGAACGCACAGUAUUUAAUUCUGAAAACGUUAAGUGUUACUUCACGUGGGGCUCAGUACUAAACUUGGCAAAUAUCAGGUGAUAACUUUAUUCCCCUCUUGUCAACUUAUUCUCCUCCUGCAAAUCUUCACAGCUUCCAAAUGAAAGGUCAAUGGUAAGCUAAGAGGGCUUACAUUUUUAAGCACCUGCAUGGUGACCUCAUCUAACAUCUUGUCUCACCUGGAAAUAAUUAUCAGUUUAUUUACUAUGCAAUAGACAUUCAUCCUUUUGUAUUCAGCUAGCUUUUUGUUUAUUGUGCCACCGGCUUUGUCUUCCUGUUACACAUACAGUUGUGUUGAUUUUACUUACAGUAUAUGCUGUGCCAUUUUGAUUUUAUUUUGGUUGGUUGGUUGAAUAAACUUGCGACACUCAAACAUUUGAAGAGAGAUUUGCUAAAACAAUACCAGUAUUUGAUCCAGUUUCAUCUCAACUAUGAUAAAACCUGGACAUUUUAGAUGUUUAUCAAAGGUCUUUUACUGGGGGGAAGGGGAAGUGUAUGAAAUAGAUGUGUGACAUGUGAAAGUAAUGUUUGCUCUGAACAAACUUCUGAAAACUUAGUUGACAAAAUUUUGGAUCAACUUAAAAAAAAAAGCAUGACUUUUGAAAUCUCUGAAUGCCUUGGUUCUCAGUAUUAUCAUUCUUUAAUGACUUUUUCUUUAUUAAAAUAAGUAGUUUUAAGACUUCUUUCUGACAGUAUUAUGUAAUUUUUUUAGAGUGGGUAGAUGGGAGUGUCGCUUGUAUGUAACCGUACAGAUGACAUGUAUUUGUCUAUUCUUUAUUAUCUUAGUAGUUUCAUGCUAUGUAUGUACCAUAACCAACCUAUUGCCUAUGAGAAACAUGUAAGAUAAUGUAUUUACAGCCAUUGUUACAAGUUUAUAAUGUAUUUUUCUAUCUUGUUUUAUAUGUAUGUUAUAUAACAUUCAAAAGAAUUUUUUUCCUGAUUGAGAAAAAAGGAUACAAAAUGCAAAACCCACAAUUUUGAUAACUGAAAAAUUGCCAAUUGUUUUGCAGUACUUUAUUAUAUUGGGAGUGUUGUCUUUCUUGGGCUUUUAGUUAGCUACUGGAUGAAUACAUUAGACAUAUUUGGGUUUUAGUUGGGUUUUUACAUAGCUUGCAUUUUAAUUCUUUGGUUCUUUGCUGUUUCUAUUAACCCAUAGCAUUAUUUUAAUAAAUGUUAUAAUACCAACCUACUAACUCUGGACUAUGUCUGUUUAUUAACCAUUACAUGUUUAAUUAAAAUAAACAAAUAAAGACCGAAGAAUGUAAAGUCUUGAGUUACUGGACUAACCCUGAAGAACGUGACCACAGAUAACACAACGUGACUUGUUUUUAUGUUGUUUGUCGGCUGACAUUCUGCACACUACUAUUAAGUUGGCUUUGGUCAUUCUGGCCUUUUACCUUGGGGAAUAGGUGCCAGUAGAAAUGGGAACAAAGUAGCAUUUUUUGAGGCAUUCUUCUUGUAGAGUCUUGCCACUUGCCUUUCAGCAUCUGCAUUACUAAUUCCACACUUUCUUUUUCUUUCUCUAAAAUAAUUACUGUCGGCUCACAGCAAAAGAGCAAAGGUGCCAGUGUAUUGGCAAACAGCAAUGGUGUACAGAAACCAGUUUGAUUCUUUGUUGAACCAUUCAGAGGUUGCAGUUAAUCUCAUAGUAAUUUGUGAUUUGUUGGUUUUGGCACCUGAUUCACUGUUGCAUCAUGUAACAUUUCUAAGCACAAAAUACUUCUAGGUAGAAUUACCAUACAUCGAAAUACAAAAUCUGGGGGGUUUCCUUGCCAAAAGUGCCUUAUUUUCUUCAUGCUACUUGUUAGUAAAAUACUUUUUUUUGUACUUCUGCUAUAGUUUAUCAGUAUUGCCUAGCUCAGGGGAGUACAAUUUCUGUAAGCCAAAGGUCAAACUGGAUCAUUUCCUAAUGACUGCAGAAAGUACAAAAAUACACCUUUCACUAAAUUACCAAGGAACUACCAUUUCAAAUUCCAGGGCUGCUUUUAUGUGAUCUCUAUCCCUGUGGAUGACUAUAGCAACACGAAUGCAGGGAAUUGAAAUGGUGAAAAUGCCGUUUCGAAUGUACAUUUAUGCAAAUAUUUUUACAGAAACAUUUCUCUUUCUUAAAGCUUCUGCUGUCUUGAGGCUCCUUUACAUAUCCUGGGUCAUCUCUUAGAUUUGUAAUCUUAAGCGGACAGUAAUUGCAGCCAAUGUUGAGGGAGAUCCUUGAUGUAGAUCACUCUUCAGACACCAACAGCUUUUGUGAAAGACCAGUUUUUUCCUGUAGAUAGUAAAAAUUCAGAUGAGGAGUCUUUGCAUCUGUUCAAAUGCCUCUUUUAACUUAUGGUUUCAAACUACGUAUCUUGAAAUCCAUGCGAUAUAAAACUUUAAUUUUAAAAAGUUCUCACAGUACUGGUAGUAAUUAAAAUAGAAUGCAUCUUUAUUUUAUGGAGGAAAAAUAGUCUAGCUCUGAUGAAGAUGUUUGUUAGGUUUUUUUUAUGGCAUGUAGCUCUUUUUUUUGUUUUAUAGAAAUGCAUAGGUACAGCAAAAUAUCAAUGCAUUUAGAGUAGUUUCACUUGUACAGAAAUAUUUUUAAUUUAACAGAUCAUGAAUAUGUUACUGUCCUAAAAGUCAGCCAGAGGCAGAUGAUAAAAAAAAAAAAUCAGUCAUUUACAACAGAUAACAUCAGGACCUUUUGAAUGGAUAGUAGCACAAGUGUAAUUUCAAAGCCAGUAAUUAAUAUUCCUAAAGAAUUUUAUCAGAGACACACAUUUAAACUUUGUGAAGUACUCUCUCCAGUUCAGGUGGAACUAUUCAGAUGGGACAAAAGAUUAGUAUUUUAUAUUGAAGAAUACUUCUAUUCCCAGAACUACUGCUUUUCUGUAAUAUUUUUAUUAUUUUGCAUUUUUAUUAGAUAUGAACUACUGUCAUACUUUAUCCACAGUGCAUUUUCAUCUCAUUCUUCAUUAUAUGCAGUAGUGAAAGUUGCUGUAAGUUUUGAAGUACUUUAAAGCCAAAGGGCAGCAAAAAAAGGAAAACUCCAAAAUAAAAAUUUUAUACUAAUUAUUGUUGUCCACCAAAUGCAUUUCUGUUUACCUAAGUGCCUGUCUAAAAAAUUUAACUAUUUUGUACUUCACCUGCUUAUAGGAGAGAAACAGGCUAUUUUCAGAACUGAAUUUGAGGAUGGCUUCCAUAUCGCUACAUCACUGAAGCUAGGUUGUUCUUUAUUAUUAUUCUGGGGUUAAAUUGUCCUAACAUUUGAAAGAUCAUACAUUCAAGUCAAUUAGAGAGUUGCUGUUCCAUCCAAUAAAGGGAUUUGCCUUAGGGUAUUAUUUUUUUUUUUUUCAGUAGGUCAGAAUAUAAACUAAAACAUCAUAGAGCCUUUCAAAGUAAAAUCUGAGCAAUGCUAUUCACUUCUUAAAAUUGAACUGUUAUACUAAAGUGCAACAAAUUUAAUUUCUCAGUAUGGGGGUUUUUUUGUGUUACCAAUCCAGAAUAUAUUUCAUAAAGAGUCUUCAGGAACAUCUUUCAAAUGUUUUUAAUGAACAUAUGUUCAGUGUAUACUGAUAAUAUUGAUAUUUUAUGUGAACAUAUCUUUAAAAACUAUGCACAAAAUCUGCAUGUGAUGAAUGGUUUAUUCCCAGAUUGUACUCUUUGAGGGGGACCACUAAAGGGUUUUCUGCCCUGAAAAUGCAGGGAAAUAUUGAAGUGUGUUACCAUCCAUUAAGAAAUUACUUUAAGUUGGGGAAAAUAUACUUAGGAGUAUACGAAACUUAGUUCUUCGUGUCUGGGUAAAAAUAGCAGUCAUCAUAAAUAGCGCAUUGUACAGAGUGGAAUCUGAGUAACACAUUCCUAGGGUUGAAAGUACAUAAUUGUUAUUGGAAUUUCAAUUUUGUUUUUAAUAUAUUUGAUGUAUUUUUCUAAAACACUGUUAAUGGAAUACUGUCCAAAUAACACAUGAACCGUAACAGUAACACAUGGUAAUCAAUGUUGAAUCAAACUGGUUAAUGGAAGUACAGUGCUCUUCCUUCUAUGUGCCUGUGCACUAAUUGCAGGUGGUAUGGUUCUGCAUAGGAGGUGGGUGUUGGGCGCAGCAGGUUGCAGUGCUAAUUUCUUGGUGCCAGCAGUUUGGAUGUCCAUCUGACAACAGACUAACUGGGAGGAAUCUGACUCCCAAGGCAAAGAUUAACUGAGAUCUGAAACUCUUAGAAGAAUUAAUUGAAAAACCAGCAACAACAAAACAACAUAUAUACAUAUACGCUUUGACUUGUAUUAUGGCAGUUUGUGUGAAACAUUUAAGGUUUUGUUUGUGCAAAAUAAUGUAUUCUGAGGGGAAAAAAAACCAUGGACAUUACCAAAACACAUGUAAAUAAAACACCUUUUAUGACUGUACAUUAUGUGCAAUAAAGUAACUGGAAAAAGUGCAUGUACUUUAUCCUCAAAAGCAAACUGACAGCUGUCAAAGCUGUAGCUGUAGUUUUAUUUUCUGAAAAGUUAAAUUUUAUUCUGUAUCUAAACAGCAGAAUAAAGAAUGUACAUUUUUCACACUUCAAUUUUCAUUAAUGCUUUUAGCAGUGUUAUGGAAGAUGCUAAUUGUUGAAGAGGUUUAAAUUUUCAUGGUCAUCUGAUUACCAGGGUAUUUUUUGCAUAAUAGUUUCUUAUUGAAUAUGCUGGUUUUGUCUGUAACUGUAAAUGAAGCAAGUAUGCAUUACAUACCGUAAACAUACGAUACACAUUUUUAAUAUAGGUUUGUGGAUGCACCGAUUCUAUAAAUUUCAUAAAGAUGACCAAGUGAUUUUGAUGUUAUUGUACUUCUGUAAGCAUCACUGUUACAAUUGUUUAGAGCAAAUAAGGAAGAGGAGUACUACUUUGUAGUAAAGCUAAUGUACUGGUUUGGGGUGGGGGUUUUGGUUACUAUAGCAAAUGAAGAUCAUAAAUCUGCCACCCUACCUAGUAUGAAUCUAGUGAGAAACACACUUUGGAGAAGAAAUAGAUUAUGGUGUUUUAACAUUUUCAUUAAUAUUUAUGUGAUAAUGCCUGGUUAUAGUUUAAGACAAUUUCUUUACCAAGGUGUUCUUUGCUAAAAAGUGCUCCUACUUUAUACUGUUUAAAUAAAAAAUGCUUUGCUUCAGAAGUAAGUGUACAAUAGAUACGGUUAAAUGUGGUGUCUUUAGGAGUCUGGUAGAAUAUGGGAGGGGAGGCUAAAUGCCAAUGUUUAGGUACACUUCCUCUCCUGCACUUUUCCAGGAAGGAAGAAAAAUUUGGCAUAAUUAGCAUUCAAAGAUACCUUCCAUGAUGAGUCUCAACAAAGUGGUGGAGGACAACUGUCCUCCUUCAUCCAUCCAGACCCCUAGAAAACAAUUAUGACAAUCUUCCUUGUCUCUCGCACCAAGUCAGUAAUACCUAUCUAUGAUCACAUUCAUGCUAGGAAUUGCAUUUAUUGGGGCUACAAAUUAAAGUUAGAUGUGAAAUUUAAUGGCUGGAAGAUUUCUGUCAACAAACUUUACUACUGUUCUACCAACACUUUCUGCAUAAGUGCUUGGUAUGUUUAUGGAGGAUAGCCUAACAUUGCUAGAUGUCUCCUGAAUGUUUUUACUGCAGUUACUGUAGUUCCCUCGAGGAAAUACAAGCCUAACCAUUAUCUAUGUCAAAAUAAUGAGAGGCAUUCAUACCAGAGAGUGCAAAAUGCAGUGUCUUAAAUGAGUGUCUUUUACUUUGACAUUCAGGUCUACCAGCAAAAGUAGAAAGAGAUACUAUCAAAUUGUUUUCUCAGUAUCCAUAUCAGGUUCUUAAAUGGUUAAAAAUAGACAACUGACAGACAGUUCCUGUUGAGUUGAACUCUUCUAAAAAUUAUCAACCACAAAUAACCAGUAACUCCACAAACUAUACAUUUAAAGUUUUUAUUACAAAAUAGCAUAGCAUUUAUAUGCCUUUUUUAAUUUCUGCAACUGCAUUUUCAAAGUGUUUUCAUCUUCAGCGACAAAUAAGGUUGACUACUUUGAAUAGUAAACUGGAUAAACUCAGAGGUGAGGUUCAAGGAAAAAACACUAAAUAAUGACACACCUCUCAACAUUGCAUCAUUUCAGCAGCUCAUCAGUAAAUGAACGUGCUUUCUCUAAAUUUUAUAUAUUUGUAAAACCCUUAUGCAGACAAGGGGCUAAGCAGAAAAAUUACUUUUUUUAGUGGAACCUUUUCGGAAUGAAUUCUGUUGAUUUUCAGUUCACGGGGGGUGGCCAUUCUGAAACAGGAGGUACUUCCACUGGCUGAAGCUAGGAAGAUCCCAGGUCCUCUUGCCAUAGGUCAGUCAUUCAGCAAGCAAUUGUCUCAGUGAUACUUCUGGUUUGCUUUCUUAAACUAUGAAAAUGAAACCUCAUCUUUUGUAUCCAGAUCUUUGUGUAUCAUGAAAGAUGUAUCUGUCUCUACCUUGUAUGGCAGUGUUUUAAAGGGGUAUUUUUUUCGUUGAAGUUACUACAGUAAAAAGGCAGGUUGCGUCAUCAACAGUAUUAUGGGAAACGUUACUAUACAAUAAAGAUACUAGGAUUGCUAU